ACCAACUUAAAAAAUAAAGUGUGGUAAAUGUCGUGAUUUUUGUUCGAAGAGUUCAGAAAAGCACUCUAUGUUUGGCCGCAAUUUGGACCUCGAUGAUGAAGACUUUUUGUCCCUCGUUGAGAGUGAUAUCAAAGACUUUUGCAAUCAAUGCCACAGUGAUAGAGUACUGAUCUUCCCACCGGUGAACAACUUUCGUCGCUUUCUGAUACACAAAACAUGCGAAGAAUUGGCGACACUUCACGAGAUUGCUACUUUCUCAAUAGGUCAAGGUCACGAAAGACGCACCGUGAUCUGCUCUAAAAGUCAAUUAAUCAAUUCGGAAUCUCCGCUGGAAUCUACGCUACAACGUGAAAGUUAUUCAGUCAGAAAGAGCAAAUUGGAAAAAGACACAUUCAACACUCGCAAUCACGACUGGGACGCAUUCAGGAAAAGAAGACCGAAGAGUGAAAUAAAAUCGUGGAGAAUGGGAGUUGAAUCAAAUCGAUCAAAUGUGCCACCACCGUCGCAACGGACAAGAACAACGAGCGUGAGCAAUGGGCCGAAUGGAGGGAGUGUGGGCUGUAGUGGUGGUAGUGGCGGUAGUAGCGUUGAAUUGUAUCGACCCCCACCUCUGAGGAAAGCCAUGCUGCAGCAAACCCCAAGUGAUGAGGAUUGCGGAGACAAAAACACUGCUGAGGAAUCAUUUGUGGCGGGCAGACACAUUACUGCUCACAGUAGAAGUGCUAUUGCCAGUGACAAGGGAACCAACACGGAACAUUUAGUGCCACAGAAAAGUGAUCACACAAAGAAUCCAGAAACAAGUGCAAUUGCCAAUCAAAACAGGUCAACCCCAAGGCAACGGGAGAGACGUCCAGAUCGUGCUGUUUACAUUCCACGUGCUCGUCGAAGUCAAACAACACCACCAUCGACAUCAUCGUGUGCAAAUCCAGCAUUAGCAGCAGCAGCAGAACCACAACCAAAUGUUUCGCAACAAGCGAAGCAAGAGUCACAACAAUCGUGUAAUAAAUCUGUGAUUUCGCCACAAUCACCCACAGACACCACCAGCAAUUGCAGCAAAGAGAACUGUGAUGUAAUACACGACGCUGCUGCUGGCAAUCUCGCACCGUUGGGGCAUCUGGAGCAGCAAAAGUGUCAAGAUGUGUGUCCGUGCAAUGGGGAAGAGUGCUUAUGUGGUGAUGUGAAGAAGUACCCAAAUGCAACAGACUGUGAUUCCGAACCAAAAACUUGUACAGAGCUUGUGGCUGGCGAGGAAAUUCGUGAAGGUGAUGCAAAGGAAGUGAAGACAAUCACUGACAACGAAGUCAAUAUGAGUAGACGAAGUAGGGUGGUGGUGGAUAAGGGUGAUAAGAGUCAGGGUGGUGGAAAGAAAAGUCUGAGAAUUGAAGAUGAUUUGGUCAAUGAAAGUGUUACAGAGACAAAAGAAGAUAAAGAAGAACGAGAAUUUCGACGAGCUUCCCAAGAGAUCAAUCGGAGUAAUCGCAGGAUUAUCAAGCAGACUUUCAAUUCGUCAAUUCUGGAAAUUGCAGAUCCACAGAAGGGUGAAGAAAAGACAAAAGAAGAGAGCGAAAGUGCCAAAUCACGUACAAUUGAUCCCGAAAAUGAUGACUGGGACGCAAUGUACGACGAUAAUGGCGAUUGUCUGGAUCCAAACUUGCUCAAGGAACUCACAUCAGCUGUGGGGAAAGUGAAGAUUGAUACACCCAAAACGGAUUAUCGGCUCUAUCAGAGUAAACAGGAUAUUCUCAGUGAGGAAGAAUUUCCGCAUGUGCUCGAAGUUUCCAAUUUUCCCGUUGAAUUUAAAACUCAAGACUUAAUUAUGAUCUUUUCGGCGUACAAAGAGUCGGGAUUUGAAAUUAAAUGGGUCGAUGAUACGCAUGCACUGGCUGUAUUCAGCAGCUCAAAAAUUGCUGCUGAAAUUCUUGCAACCAGCCACCCAUUUGUCUCCCUCAAGCCAUUGGCCGAAGCUACAGCGGAAUCCCGCAGUAAGGCGAAAAAGUGCUCCAAUUCUCUACAACCCUACCGACCACGUCCUGAGACUUGCGCAGCACUUGCACGUCGAUUAGUUACGGGAGCUCUGGGAGUACGGCUAAAGACAACACGGGAGGAGCUUGAAAACGAACGAAGAGUUCUACAAGCGGCUAAAGAGCGAAAACUCCUUGCCGCAAAGCAACGAGACGAAGUUUGGGAUAGUUAAGGAUAAUAUUAUAAUUUUGAAGAAUAUUAUUCCACAAACUAAAGGACUUUACUUUUUUUUUUUUUUUUUUUUUGAAAAAAAAACCUUCAAGAAGUUUUUGAAGGAAAUGUCCUUACAGAAUACUGAAGAUGGUAAAAAAAAAUUAAGUAGGAGAAAUGUGAAAAAGAAAAUGACAAAUUGCCAUAAAAUGCACCAAUUUACAUUUUUUUAUUGUGCAAAAAGAAAACUGAUAAAAAUGUUUUUGAGAGAGUGCAAAAAGAAUUUGAUCUCAUGUGGAUUUUUGUCUGCAUCAAUCAAUUCAUCAACAAUGCAUCAUUUUCUCCCGAUUAACUCGCAAAUCCUCGAGACAUGCAAAGCAAUUUUUUUUGUAUCUCCACAUCUUACUGAACAUAAUCAUCACAAAAUGCGUGAAGUAUAGCAUAAAAUAAAUUAAAGUAAAGAAAAAGAAUUAAACUCAACCAAUGAUAUUAAAAUAAUAUUUUUUGUUUCGUAAAAAAGAACUAUCUAUCUCUUCGACGCAUUCAUUUUGAGUGUUCCCCUGCGGAGAUUUCGACGAUAAAAACGUUCACUAUUUUGUGGAUAAAUAUAUUACCUAUACCUGAUCAUAAUGAGUAAAAUGUCUAAUAAAUGAAAAUGCUUUGUGGCAAUAUUUUUAUGAAAUAUGUGUCGUAAUAGGAUAAAUGUUGGAGUUUUUCAUUUACUACAAAAAUUGUAAUCCAAGUUUGAUAAAAUUUACUGAAUUGUGAAAUGAUGUAUAUCUUACCAAUUAUAUAUAUUUUUUGGGGUAAAAUAAUAUCAAAAAAAUACUGAAACGCAUUAUAUUUAUAAUGAUUUAGUGGAGAAAGGAGAGAAGAAAUAAAAGGCAAACUCCCAAA